AUGAUCUCCAGAAACUUGAUUCUGACCGUUUUGGUGUCCACAGCACUGGCAUCACUUUGUGUGGACCACCAGAAGAGUGGAGACCAAGUACUCUUGGCUGUCCAACCUUGUGAAAAUGCUACCUCGAUAACUCCUUCUGACACUGAGUCUGCUCUGUCUAUUUUCAUUCGAAGUGCCUCCGGAGAGCCCGAAGCCGAUCUUGCUGAGACUCUCAAAGCUAAGCUAGACUCUGGAGAUUUGGCCGGUUACUUGUCCCUUAAGCGUGAUUUUGAGCGUGACCAAGCUGAUGAGUCCGCGGAGUCAGCCCAGUCCUUCCAGAACAUAGCCAUCGAUACUCAUGUGACUAUCCACACCACCCAGAACUACACUCUACAGAGCCCUGCUCAUCUUCAGAAGCGUGGAGGUUGCAGCAUGUACUGGCCUGGGGACGUUGGCCUCGAACCCAUGGAUAUUCACUACUACAAUGACUUCUUCUAUCCCCAAACAUCAAGUGUUAACUGGGUCUGCCUUGGCGAAUGCACUGAUUACAUUGAUCACAUGUGGGCUGAUGGAACCCUCUCCGGCUCCUUCUAUUACACAUACAACGACUGUAAGUUCAGAAGUCAGAAUGGAUGGAACGGGAGAACUCAGAACAAAUGUCGAGCUGGUGCCUUCUAUCGCCUUACGCAGGAUGCAUCGCAUGUCGUCCAGGGCACCAACCCUGGAAACACUAUUUACCAGGUAUCUGGUUCCAUCCCCGGAAAAGACCACUGGUCUCCUCGAAUUUGUAUGUCGUCUUCCAACUCGUGCUCAUCUGGAACCGGUUCUGAUGGUCGAAGCUACUGUUAA